AUGUACACGCGCUUGGAGGGCCAGGCGCCUGUGGGCCUGGGUGUGCUAUGCUAUGUGAUCUUCCUUGGCACUUUUGAGUGGGGGAUGGUCAUCCCAACCCUAUGGCCGUUGCUGCAGAGAAUGGGCUCAGAGGAGACGUACUUUGGGCUAGUGAUUGGUACUUUCUCGCUCACUCGAGUGAUCUGUCAACCGAUCAUCGGAGCUCUGGGUGAUCGCUUCGACUUUCAGGUGCUGCUCUGCAGCUGCCUGCUGUGCUCGGCACUGGGAGGUGUGUUGUACGCGUUAGCGCCUGUCCCGUGGUUGCUCUUGGUGUCCAGAGUCAUCUGCGGAAUAGGCGCCUCCUGUACUCCGCUGCUGUUUGCUUGGACCGCUCGAGCUUUGUCUGGCGUGGAAGAGGUUGCAGCAGCGCAGGUCCGGCUGAACACCAUGCGCUCAUUGGGCACCUUCAUUGGCCCCUUUGGAAGUACCCUGCUCUGCGUGCUGCCCGAGGAAGGCUUGUUCAACGAGCUGAACUCAGCAGGCUGGGCCAUUGCCGCAGCAAACAUCUUGGGCGUCGUGCUUUGUUGGUAUCACCUCUCGGACCCACCAGUGCCCAAGGGCGAGCCGCAGGCGUUAGCAACGUCAGCAGCAGAACGCGGGGAGCUGGCUCCCGCACGCGGAAUCCCAACUACACCGGUGAUAUGGACUUGCCUCUUGUUCCAGGUAACAACGGCGCUGCUUUUGGCGGUCCUGGAGGUCGUCCCACCAAUCGUACUCACCAACGAGUUCCGCCUGCCACCGACGGCAACAUCUGUUCUGUUCGGCGUGGCCUCGCUGGCGGUCUUCGUGCUGUUUGCAGUCGUUGAGGCUGGAGGGGAGAUGCCAGCUGUCACAGCAGUUGAGCCUCGGGAGUGCUUGGAAGGUUAUGAGCCGAAAGGUCAGCGGCGUGUCCUUCCUGGGGUUCGUGCUGCCGUGGUUGGUGCUUGCUGUAGCACCGGCACCGCUGAUACGUACGCCCGCACGGACCCUUUAUACCAGCCACCUGCCAAAGCAUGUGCAGGGCACCAUGCAGGGGAUCUCAGAGGCUGCCUUCUCUUUUGCCAACUUCGUGGGUCCCCUACUGGGGAGCCAUGUGGCGACUUCAGGUGGCUUCCGAGGGCUGCGCCUGACAAUGCUUGCUCUGGUGGCUGCAGAGACUGUGGUCCCGGCCUUUGUCUUCUUUGGCUUCGCCGACCUGAGUGGCCUUCCGGCGGCCCAGGCAGACUUGUGCUGGCCUACCAGACAGAGCAAGAAACCGCCGCAGCUGGGAGAGCUGGAGGAGCAGCGCUUUGCCCGGACCGAUUUGUGGACCUGCAGGCCUGGGACUCCAAAUCGAUCCCCGGCUGCGUUGAAGCUUGUCCUGCAGGUUCUGAGGCGGCCAUCCUCCGUGGCUCUCCGGCUGGGACUUCUGGCUUGGUCAAGCUUUGCCUUCUCCCGACGCAGCGUCAAGCGGAGGCAGGCGUCUUGCUCCAGUGCUUGAACUUGAGCCUCAGCAAUCUCGAGGUUCCCUGGCGCUCCUGUCUCAAGCAGGUUGCGAAUCUAGGGCAGCUGCCCGAUGAGGACCAGCAGAUUACGCAUUUUGGGCCUGUGCAGCAUUUGCGGGCCAGAGGCAAAGACUUCUCGAGCUUCACAAAUUGGGCGGAGGUCCCACGACGCUUGCUCGGUGAGGAGCCAAGGCCAUUGGUUUGGCUCAUAGUGGCCAGCACGUUGGCAGCCUUCUGUUGCUGUCUUGCAUGUUGCCUCUUCAGGAGCUGCUCAUGCAGCAGACGGAAAGCACGAUCAAGGAAGGCCGCGGUCCAGGAAGGCCCUCCCCCGGAUACUCACUGGCGAUGUGCUGAAGGGGGCUUGUGGUGGAAGGGUGCAUCAAGCAAUUCUCUGGAAGUAGAGGGGCUCUCGGAUGAGGAGCUUCAGGAGCGAGACCAGGAGGGAUCUCGGCAGUUACCCAGGUCGCAGGCUGACAGCCGCCCUGCAACCAGCCCUGGACGGAUGAGGACCCGCGUGGACUCUGCCCCACCUCGCGGAGCCGAGGACCGACCCUCAACAGCACCAGCUUCUCCAGGAUGUUCUGCCUCAGAGUAUGCCAGCAGGCGCCAAGCCUGGGAUGCCCGGUUUGCGGGCCGAGGUACGGAGACCGACGAGGUCCCCUUUCGCCCCAAGCCGCCCUCGCUCCGGCGUGGUUUUGCGGCAUCCGUACCAGGCCAUGGUCUCUACGAUCGUCCCAGUACGCCAGCAGAUACAGCUCCGCAUCUGGAAGUGGAGUAUGGCAUCUUGGACAGAGAGACCAAUGCACAAGAGUUUGUCCAGCACCUUCGGCACGUUAGGCGCAUGACGACAAACGCAGACAGGAAGAAGCUGUUCAAAGAAUUGCAGCUCAGAUGGCAUCCAGAUAAGAAUGUGGGGGAUGAGGUCCACGCUUCGGAAAUGUUUAAGGCGCUCCAGGAAAGCAAAGGCUGGUUCUUGCUGGAGGAGCGUGCAUGGACUGCACCCGGCGUGGUUCACUCGGACACGUUGUGA